AUGGCAGCAGAGAAUUGGCUGCUAAAGAUGGAAAAAUUACUGAGAGCCCUUAAAUGUACUGAUGCUCAGAAGGUGUUGUAUGCCACUUAUGCUCUUCAGGGUUCUGCUGAUAGAUGGUGGUCAAGCACUGAGCCAUUGUUGAGUAUGGAGUUGGGAAGGGGCACUCCCAUUACUUGGGAGAAGUUUAAGGAAGUUUUCAAUAGGACAUACUUCCCCGAUGUAGUGAGGGACCGUAAGGCAAGAGAAUUUUCUGAUUUGGUUCAGGGGGCUAUGACAGUGGAGGAGUAUGUUGCUAAGUUUAUUAAGCUCUCUCGCUUUGCUCCUUACUUGAUUCCGGAUGAGUCUAAGAAAGUGAAAAAGUUUCAUGAGGGCCUUGAUGGUAGGAUUUGCCCUCUCAUUAUAGCCUCUGGAGUGGAUACUUUUACGGAGGCUAUGAAACGGGCAAUGAGUCUUGAAGAAGACUUUAAGUACAACCCCAGUUCCAAGAAGAGUGAAAAGAAGCAAGGGCCCUUUCAUUCUCAACACAGUAAGGGUCAAGGGCAUAAGAAAGGAUUCUUUAAAUACUCGGGUAAUAGAGGACAAUCUUCUAGGCAUAGCAAGAAUGCCUACCCUCAGUCUGGUGAUAAGAAAUCUUGCUCUCGUUGUGGUAAACUUCAUGAUGGACAAAAUUGUGAUGGGGUCAAGAUUUGCUUUACUUGUAAGCAACCCGGACACUUUGCUAGAGAUUGCCCAAGUUCUAAGGGCUCGGGUUCCACUUCCUCAUCUCAAGUUGCAAAGGGUAAUGACAUUGGGAAGAAGGUGCAAGGUAGAGUGUAUGCCUUGACUACUCAGGAUGCUCAAGCCACGGAUACAGUGGUGGCAGAGCCCUGA